UUUCCUCCUGUUUUUCUCUUACUCUCACCAAAAGUGUAGAAAAAAACCUGAAAGAAAAUCUAAAAUAAUAGGAAUUCUAGGAAAACAAAGACGGUGAUUUGAUGAUUAUAUUCCCAUUCUUUGUUUAGGAUCUCUAUACCAAAGCCAUCUUUUCCCUUCUUAGCUUCUUCUCCUUGCUUUGUGUUUCUUAGCAGCUCCUCUCUCUCACUUUCUUUCUCAACAUUUUCCUUGUAUAGUUUGAUCUUAAUGUACGCAGAAUUCAGCCGGGUUUCCCUUCUUAGCAUGUCAAAUUCAGGGUUAUUCCUCGUUAAAGAUGAAGAAGAAGGGUCUGAAUUCGAUAUUCUGAAACGACCCGUAUUGGAGUUUCAAGAGGAGAGUCAAGCUGCUGCAACUUCUUCACACGAUGAUGAAGAACGAGAAAUACAGGGAGAUCAUGAAGAGAUAAAAGGAGAAGAAAACAACGUUACAGCAACUUCUGAAGAAAGCGGAAAGAAGAAGAAGAUGAUAUCUUUAGGAGAAUUGAAGGCAACGGAUGAUGACGAUGAUGGGUUCAAAACUCCAACAUCUUUGGAUCACAAAAUCCCAGUGAUCAAACAAUGCCCACCUGCACCAAGAAAACCAAAGCCACUCCCAUCAAAUAAAAGAAAAGCAUCGCCUAGUAGUAGCAAUAGUGCACGCACACGCAGGAAUCUGCAACUCGAUUUUUCACAAGAGGUCGAGUCCUUGUGUCCUGGUGCUCUUCUUUUUGGUUUACACUGCAAGGUCAAGAUAGCUCGAUCACAAGAUCAUAAUCAAUGA